AUGGCCCCAGUCAAUCUGUCUCAUCGGAGGACGCAUAAUCUGCUUCUGAUCUCGAAGCUAUUGAGCCUAAGGGAUACAGCCUCUCCGCUCACCCUUUUGCAGGAUUCGUUGGAGCAACCCGCUACACCCCUCAUCAAGGAGUAUAUCAGACGCGCUAAGCUCUCUAAGGUGCAUGUCACCUUCAUUGCAUUUGAAACGUUGAAGAAACCGGAUGGUGUCGAUGCAUUUGUAUCGACUCGCCGAAAGAGUCCCGCCGACAUUGCUAAAGAGGUAGCAGCGGCAUACCAGCCUGCAGCGACGGGGCCAUCACGGCGUCGUCUUAUUAUCAUCGAUGCAAUCAACCCUCUCUUGAGCUCAAAAAGAUUAGACCCUGGAUUCCAUCUCCCGUCUUUCCUCGGCUCAUUCAUCGCAUCUACAGGCCCAUCGGCUGGCAAGGCUGAUGCUUCGCUUGUAGUCACAUGGCAUCAAGAUGUCCCUGCUCUGCCUCAGCAGAAUCACUACUCACCGUCGCCGCUGCCAGUCUUGACAUAUCUUGCGACGAGUAUCAUCACCCUUCAUUCAUUCUCCCACAUCCUAGCCCAAAAGGCUGCACGCGAUCGCAGUCUGGCUGCUCCGGUAUUUGGCCUUGAGGAAGAACAAGAUGGUGUCCUCCUUGGCCGACUGGAUAAGCUGGCUGGUACUGGAGCCGCAGAGGGUAUUGUGCUGGAGCUGGAGCACCGCCGAAAGAGUGGUCGUGGAGUCUUGGAAUGGUACCUUCUCCCUCCCGCGUCGCAGUAUUCCCCUCAACAUGUGAAAGAGGUUGUGACUUUGCUGGAUGACAAUGUCUUGUACAACCCUCCCAUGGAGCCCGAUACAAAUCCCGAUGACGACGAGCCAAAGUCGACUUUUGAACUGGGUCUCACGGACCGUCAACGGCGGGACAGAGAGGGUGUUGUCUUACCAUACUUUGACGCGCAGCAUGGAGAUGGCCCUGGUGAAGGAGGUCGGAUUCUCUACGACAUGGGAGAAGAAGAUGACUUUGACGAAGAGGAAGAUGAGAUUUAA